AGGAGCGUCCUCUUCAACCUCCUUUCGUCGCGCGUGGAUAUGCUGAGGAAGAGGAGGAAGAGGAACAGACAGAGAUGAGAGAGAGAGAGAGUGGCGUAGAAAUCACUUGACGAAUCCGAUCUCUCAGUCGCUCCAACAAAAAGCUUCUUGCGAACGCAAAAGGGGGAACGUGGUGUUCGUCUCCCGCCCAUAACUGUCUCUCACAUCGGCCAUCUAUUUCGUCGCCUAAUCUUUGGAUUUCGUGUUGGAAAACCCUAAUCUUCUUUAUUUGAUCGCUCUUCCCCAUUUGUUCUCUUUUCCUUGCUUCGCUUGUAUUUCGAUUGACGUUUUCUCCAUCGCUUCCUACGUUUUCCUGAUGCAUUCUGUUCGCUUCAAUUAACUUGUAACUGGACUUCUUUUUCGAUCCAGAUUUAAGAGAAUUUCAAGGUUUAGUUUUCCAAUGGCAAAAGGUGGCAGGGGCCGACGUAGAAUUGCAUCUCGACAAUACCGGUCAACACCAUACCCAUUGAUGUCCUGCAAUCAGGAUAUUUCAAUGGACUUGUGCCCAAGGAGAUGCUCCAAAGGCUUGGACAAGAAAGAUUGGGAAGAUGUAACUUGUUCUGUGUGCAUGGAGUACCCACACAAAGCUGUUCUUCUUCUGUGUUCCUCUCAUGACAAUGGUUGCCGUCCCUACAUGUGUGGAACUAGCUUUCGCUAUUCCAACUGUCUCGACCAAUAUAAGAAAGCUUAUACUAAAGUGAUACCAUCCAGUGGUACUGUUGAGAAUCCAAUUGUGGUGUCAGAUUCUGGUUGGCGUGUUGAGAAGUGUGAAGUCUCUGAGCUUGCCUGCCCCCUUUGCCGGGGCCAGGUAAAAGGAUGGACUGUGGUGGAACCUGCACGAGAAUAUCUAAACGAGAAAAAGAGAAGCUGCAUGCAGGAUAACUGUUCAUUUGUUGGAACGUUCAAGGAGCUAAGAAAACACACGAGGGCAGAUCAUCCUUGUGCACAACCACGUGAACUGGAUCCAGUUCUUGAGCAAAAAUGGAGAAGACUUGAGCGAGAGCGUGAACGAGACGAUGUCAUGAGCACAAUAGGAUCAACCAUGCCGGGGGCAAUGGUUUUUGGAGAUUAUGUUAUAGAGGGAAAUCAUUAUGAUUUUGAUAUGGAUGAAGAUGGGGGAUUUGAUGCAGAUGGAGGGAGGCAUGGAGGCUUUGGAGUAGGUUUGGAUGGUAAUCUGGUUAACGUCUUCCUCCUCUUGCAUCAUGCAUUUGGCCCAUCAGGUAAUGACCUAAGUAGACGGCUUAGACAGUCUGAAAGGGUGUACCACCAUCCAACAAAUGAUGGUACUGCUGGUGUUCGACACAGCUCUCCUGUUGGCAGCUUGGAUUCAUCUGAUCAAGAUGAUUACAGUGACAGCAACAAUGACAAUGGUGAUGAUGGUAGUCUCUCAUUAGUUAACCGCCUUCGGCGUCAUGGUAGGGUUCUUUUGGGACGAUCUGCUAGGAGACGAAGGCGUAGAGAAGCCAAUGGAAGUCAUGGAUAGAUCAAAUAGUACUGCAUAAAAUGGAAGAAGGGGACAAAGAUGUAGGUACAUUGCCUUUUGAUAAAAAAGUUGGUAGAAAGUAAAAGGUAAUUCAUACAACUCAAUUUGCACAUUAGCAAUAGGUCGUAUUCCUUCCAUUUUGUCAUCUUCUAGUCUUCAUCCUCACUGUCUUCCAUAUUCUCUAUGCAGCAAUAAUAUGUAAACUGGUAACUAUAAUGAAGUUGUUCUGGGAUAUCCACUGUGCUUGUGUUACAGGUGGGAUGUAUAA